AUGUUCGCGACUGCAGCGCCGCGACCGCCGCGCCGCCUGGUGGCGGUCGGCGGAAACUAAAAACAAAAGAACUGAAAGAAUCCUCUGAAAGAGGCCUGUACAAUUUUCACUUCUCAAUCUGAACUCGUCACGAUACGCAUCUGUAUAAAUUGUAUUAUAUUCAGUUUUCUUUGUAAAUAAACGUAAUAUCAGCACAAAACCUAUGGAUUAUUAAUCGCUUGAACAUAAAUUUGGACCUCCGGAGCCGGAUAAAACAAGAAAAUUGAAGAAUUCGGAAAUACAAUAUACGAAUCAUCGAGCCACGUCUACUUCGACGAAUCCAGUAGUACGUGCGGCGAAUACGAAGUCGACGAGUCAGAACCACUAGAUCAGACGCCAGAUACGCUGGACGAGCAUCCUGAAACGAGAAAUAUACGAGAGAAGCAGAUGUCCCACUGAGGCGAGCGAGAAUCCCACCACUUCGAGGCGGUCUCCACGCAGUCAGCGCGGCGUCGAGAACACGGUCAAGACAUUCCUACUACAUAUUCCUUUGCCCUUUGCCAGAGAUCUGUGUUAACAUAGCUUGUGCACUCACUUUUCAGUACACGAGACCCUGCUGUUCGGCUCAGGUUGGCGCGCGCAGCACAGGAUAACUGUGAGUACUCUUGCAUUCUAUAAACUGCCAAAAUGAGUAAAGAGGAUAUUAGUAGAAGUAGGUCACCUUGUAAUCCACGCAUUAGCGACCUUAAGAAACAGAGAGGUACGUUAAAAUGCAGAUUAACUAUAUUCGAAAAGUACGUUACAAAAUUUAAAGAUAGUACGUUAGAUAAAUUACAAAAAACCGAAGUUAGCGUUAGAAUUCAGUCGAUGGAGGAUACAUUCAAAUGUUUUAAUGCUAUUCAGAGCGAUAUAGAAGGAUUAGCCGAUGAGGAUGAGCUUAUGUUGCAGUUGGAUUACCGCGAGUCAUUUGAAGAACAAUAUUUUAAUCUCAUAGCUGUUGCUAAAUGCUUGCUUGACGAUGAAUCGCCUAGUUCUAGUGCCAAAUGCGCUCCAUUCGCUAAUAUAAAAUUGCCUGAUAUAAAACUCCCUUCCUUUGACGGUAGCUAUGAUCGCUGGCUUGAGUUUCGAAACUCAUAUGUAACAAUGAUUCAUGAACGAACUGAUUUAAAUUGCAUUCAGAAGUUUCAUUACUUAAAAUCGUCACUAACUGGUAGCGCUUCUCAAGUUAUUAGUGCUUUAGAGUUUACUGCGGAUAAUUACACGCACGCUUGGGAGCUACUCGAAAAGAGAUUUCAUAACGAUAGGCUACUUGUUCAUAAUCAUGUUAAAUCACUUUUUAACAUUCACACGGUUAGUAAGGAGUCGCCUGGGCAGUUACGGAAGCUCAUAGAUACGGUGUUAAGGAACCUACGUGCACUUCAAACCUUGCAUGAGCCCACGAGCCAUUGGGAUACGUUGCUAAUAUAUUUGAUUGUUACUAAACUCGAUGAGAGCUCAGAGCGAGAGUGGGAACAGCACAAGGGUACCUUACUUACUAAUUCAGAGUCAAAUAAACUAAAGUUAGACGAUUUAAUGACGUUUCUUCGCAAUAGGGCAGACUUCUUAGAAAUGGUUAAUGCGAACCAAUCUAAUUCAAAAAGCACAGUUAAACAAGUCACCACCGAAAGCAAAGUAGCAUACGAAAAGAAAGGAUCUUCACAAAAUAAUUAUGUGCACAGUUACGUCUCCACUAAUAAAAAUAAGUCGACGGAUAAAAGAUCACCACGGAGCUGCGUAAUGUGUAACAAAAGCCAUCCUUUGUUUACGUGUACGUACUUUCUUAACAUUGCUGUAGGUGAAAGAUCAAAAAUUGUGCAACAAAACGAUUUAUGUGUGAACUGUUUACGGGCAGGUCACUCUGUAGCAGACUGUUUAUUCGGACCAUGCAGGCAGUGUCAACAGAAACACAACAGUCUACUUCAUACGAAUCAAAACGAUAGCAGUACCCGCGUGUUACCCGACAAAGUUCAAGAGUCGGUGUCAUUGUCUAGCACACUAGGGUCGCAACCAAGCAACACAAAUACGGAGUAUAACGAUCAGCUGUUAAACCGGGUUUUAUUGUCCACCGUGCUAGUCGAAGUCGCCGGUGAUAAUAAUAAGUAUCACACUGCCCGUGCAUUAUUAGAUAAUGGCAGCGAACACAAUUUCAUUUCGGAGAAAUUAAGUAAACGAUUAAAUACGAAAUUAAUACAGUCCACUCUAAACGUUACAGGUGUAGGCAACAAGCACACCAAUUCGAGUCACUUAUGCGAUAUCACGAUGCGAUCAAAGGUACAGGAUUACAGUACAGCUUUAAGAUGUAUUGUACUUUCUAGCAUUACCUCACACUUGCCAUCUACCCGUGUAGAUGUGCAAAAUAUACGAAUCCCUGAAAAUAUACGAUUAGCGGAUCCUAGUUUUCACGUUCCUUCAGAAGUCGAGUUGCUGAUAGGUUCUGAUUUAUUCUGGGAUUUGAUAGAAUCAGGAAAAAUACGAUUAUCAAGCGGUACCUACUUAAUCGAUUCUAAGUUAGGAUGGUUAGUUUCAGGGCCGAUUCCAAACACUGACUUGCGCAUGAAUAAUCAAGUUCAGUGCAACUUCACUCAAACGAUUGAUUCACAGUUACGUAAGUUCUGGGAACUUGAGGAAGUACCUAACAGUAAACCGAGUUUUACAUUAGACGAACAAAAAUGCGAGGAUCUAUUUACUAGUACGACAAUACGGGAAGCUAGUGGUAGGUUUUCAGUACGAAUGCCAUUAAACGAACCAGUUGAAUCUCUCGGAGAUUCAUAUAAAAUCGCGAAACAACGGUUUUUAUCUUUAGAAAAAAGGCUAAACCGUGUACCCGAGUACAAACGGAUGUACAGUGAGUUCCUGAAAGAAUACGAAUCACUAGGUCACAUGACUAAAAUAGACGAAGUCCAGUUUCCGAACUAUUUUCUACCUCAUCAUGGUGUUUUUCGCGAAAGCAGUGAGACGACGAAACUUCGAGUAGUUUUCCAAGCGAACACUCCCACUGAAUCAGGCAAGUCGCUCAACGACAUUAUGUUACCGGGGCCGUCAUUACAAAACGAUAUAUUCUCGAUUCUUUUAAGAUUUCGGCAGCAUAAAUACGUGGCAUGCGCAGAUAUCGAGAAAAUGUUUAGGCAAGUAAACGUACAGCCUGAUCAGCGCAGCUUGCAGUGUAUAGUUUGGCGGGAAAACUCUGAUGAUGAGUUAGGCGUAUAUCAGUUGAACAGUUUAACGUAUGGGACAACUGCAGCGCCUUAUCUAAGCAUGCGAUGCAUACGACAGUUAGCUGAGGAAUGCGAUGAUCCCUUGAUAGCCAAGGUGAUCAAAGACGAUAUGUAUGUUGAUGAUUUGAUUACGGGUGAUGAUGAUCAACAAAAAUUGAUAGCUACAUGCGAGAAAACGUCACAAGUAUUGAAUUCGGGUUGUUUUCCGCUGCGAAAAUGGACAUUUAACUUCGACGUUAGUGACACAGCAUCUAAAGAAAUAGCUAAGGGUCCGCACACACAGAGCAAAACGUUAGGACUUGGGUGGUUAAGCGCGAGCGAUGAACUUCACUUCACGACAAAAUUAAGUUUAGAUAGUGAAUCAAAGCUAACAAAACGUUCUAUCCUGUCAGUGUUAUCACAAAUAUACGAUCCCUUAGGUCUCUUGGCACCAGCAGUGAUACAAGCGAAGAUCCUGCUGCAACAGUUGUGGUUGCUUAAGAUAGGUUGGGAUGACGCGGUCCCCGAUGACGUAGUCAGCAUGUGGAAUAGUUUCCUAAGUACGCUAGGAACAUUAAACGAAAUAAAAAUAGAUAGAUGGAUAUCAAGCGAUAAUACGGAGGUGCGAGAGCUUCAUGUCUUUUCUGAUGCAUCACAAAAGGCAUACGGGGCCUGUGCCUACAUACGAUCAUGCAGUAAUAAUGGCAAUAUAACUGUAAAACUACAUUGCGCGAAAAGUAGGGUUGCACCUUUAAAAGUUUGUAGCAUACCUAGACUUGAGCUGUGUGCAGCGUUAAUCGGCGCUAGACUAUACGAUGCGAUAAUAAAAGCGUUGCGUCUAUCAUUCGAUCGCAUAUAUUUUUGGACAGACUCCACGAUAGUCAUGGGCUGGCUUCGCAUGUCUCCCCAUCUGCUCAAAACUUUUGUGCAGAAUCGAGUGACCGAAAUAAACGAGCUGACAGGUAACUGUACGUGGUUACAUGUUGAUGGCAAACAUAAUCCCGCCGAUUUAGUUUCGCGAGGGCUUAACUUAGACGAAUUAGGUAAGUCAAGUUUAUGGUGGAAUGGACCGUCUUUCCUAAGUAACCCUGAACUGCCAGCUAGUCAGACGAAUCAAGUGCAUUUCGAGUCAUUGCCUGAAAUGAAACCGACAAACAAUACGACGAGCUUAGUCAGUACGCAGCCUAAUGAUGAGUUAUUUGACUUCACUAAAUACUCUCAAUUCAAUCGGUUACAACGUAUAGCUGCCUACUUGCUACGCUUUGUAAACAACUGCCGAAGUAGUAAGAUUAGAAAAACCGGUUCAUUAUCAGCUGAUGAGUUACACGAAUCACGACUUUUACUCGCGAGAAUGUCACAAAAACAAUCAUUUCCGAAAUUAUACGAUAAUUUAAUAAACAAAAAGGACUUGAGUCGUGAUAAAGACAUGAAACAGUACCUAAACUUAAACGUAUUUUUAGACGAAGACAAAGUUAUACGUGUAGGCGGUAGAUUAGGUAAUUCUAGUUUUGAAUACGGGAAAAAGUACCCUAUUCUAUUGUGUGGUAAACAUGAAUUCACUUUAAUGAUGUGCCGUUAUGAACAUAAACGAUUAUUACACGCUGGUCCACAGCUCAUGUUAGCAAACAUUCGCGAUAGCUGGUGGCCAAUCGGUGCUAGGAACUUAGUUCGAAAAGUAGUGCAUCAGUGUGUAAUAUGUACGCGAUUGAAAGGAAAGGUUCUAAGUCCUAUCAUGGGCAACCUACCUGCAAACCGUUUGGAGGGCAGUUUUCCCUUCUUACAUACCGGAGUAGACUUCGCUGGGCCAGUGAGCAUACUUAAUCGUAAAGGACGAGGAGCGACACUUACCAAAGGGUACAUAUGUUUGUUUGUUUGCCUAUCGACGCGAGCGAUUCAUUUGGAGCUAGUAAGCGGUUUAUCGACAAAUGAUUAUGUUCUAGCGCUCAUUCGGUUCUAUAGUAAACGCGGUAAACCAAUUUCGAUUACUUCAGAUAACGGAAGAAACUUUGUAGGCGUAGAAACGCAAUUUCCCUUACUCUGUGAGAAAAAUAAACGAAAGGUCAUUGAUCACUCGGCUAAUCAGGGUAUACAAUUUCAUUUUAUCCCUCCUUACUCUGCUCAUUUUGGUGGUUUGUGGGAGGCGGGAGUAAAGUCCUGCAAGAGUCACCUGAGGCGAAUAGUUGGUGAUGCUCGAUUAACGUUUGAGGAAUUUAGUACUGUGUUAGCGCAGAUCGAGGCCGUCCUAAAUUCCCGCCCCCUGUCACCGCUCUCCGCCGACCCGAACGACCUCUCACCGCUGACGCCGGGACACUUCCUCAUCGGACGCCCCCUGACCGCCCCACCAGCCGAGGACCUGACAGCAGCCGUGACCAACCGGCUCAACAGAUACGACAGAGUCGAACAGCUUCGCCAACACUUCUGGCGGCGAUGGUCAAAAGAAUUCGUCUCUGAACUACAAACACGAACCAAGUGGAAAAUCAACCACGACACACUCACGAUGAACAGUCUGGUGCUGAUAAAAGAGGACAACCUUCCACCGCUGAGAUGGCGACUGGGAAGAAUCGUACAGCUGUUCCCGGGCACGGACGGAGUAGCUCGGGUGGCAGACAUACGCACCGCCACGGGCGUGGUGCGCCGCGCCUUCUCGAAGAUCUGCCCACUGCCUCUUCAGCCAGAGCCCUCUUCAUCAUCAUCACCGGCUUCACCUACGAUUACGACCUAGAUGUUGGAAGUAGGUUCUUCCAAGGCCGGCGGUAUGUUCGCGACUGCAGCGCCGCGACCGCCGCGCCGCCUGGUGGCGGUCGGCGGAAACUAAAAACAAAAGAACUGAAAGAAUCCUCUGAAAGAGGCCUGUACAAUUUUCACUUCUCAAUCUGAACUCGUCACGAUACGCAUCUGUAUAAAUUGUAUUAUAUUCAGUUUUCUUUGUAAAUAAACGUAAUAUCAGCACAAAA